AAUAUAUUUAUUGAUAUAUUGAAUAAUACACAAUAUUCAAUAUAAUGUAUCUGUAUUUAUAUAAAUCGAAAUUAAUUUCAAUAAUAUUUUCUAUUAAUAAAUCAGCCGAUGAGAAAGUUCAAUCAUUGUUGGCAAUAUCCACUAGGUAAAGUAUCCAUAAUUUUGUGUCUACGCGCAUAAACGCUCAAAUAAGCAAAGUGAGCAUGCGUAACUGAAAGCGCAAAAACUGAAUUGAAAAGUAAACAAACUCUUCUAUUAUUUGAUAGUUUAUAUUCAAAUAUAAUUAGUAAUAUAUAUAUAUAUAUAUACAUAUAUAUAUAUAUAUGUAUAUGUAUGUAUAGUAAUAUUGUGACGUAGCAAUUUAACGAAAAUAAAGAUACGUUACAGAGUUAAGUACGAUGAAAGUGAAAAGGCGAUAAGUACAUAGAAGAACGUUAUGCCAUAAAUAUUAAAAUUCUUUUAAAAUUGAAUAAAUCUUUUCUAAUUUGAAUUAAGUUCUACGCAAAAGGGUGUGGGGUUUUAUAAAGAAAUUAAUUUAUAUUAUAUAAGAUUCUUCUUCAUUUCUACGUACGGUUUGUUGCUGUGUAUUAUGCAUAAGACCAAUUAAAAAAAUUAGUUGAUAUAAACGAUGGAUAAAUAUACCAAACUGAAUACCACUUCUUUAUCUCAUAUAUGGAAAAUAACUUCUGUUGAAUAUUUUUUCAAUUUAUCAGAACGAUUAUUAUCGCCUAUAUUUACACAAAAGUAUAAAAAAAUACAUAUUUGUUAUCAAAUAAGUUUACAAAGUAUUCUGGACUUUUAUCACUGUCCAAAAUGUUUUAAAAUUACUUGUAAGGACAUACAAAUUGGUCUAUUAUUUUCUAAAUAUUCACCACCUGAUAUAGUUUUGAAUGUCAAAUACAAAAUAAGAGGAUCCAAAAAGAAAGUAACUGUAUCGGAUGUCAUUACAAACAAACUAUUUGGAUUACAAACAUUUAACAUUUGUAAAAAUUGUGAAACAGACAUAAAUUUGAAAUGUUCGAUAAGUUAUAGCACACUUUCAGCAAAAUUCGUUUAUGAAUCGACUCCUGAUAGAUAUGUUCUUUUAAAGUCAUGGGAAGAAAAUGUAACUGAGUAUUUAGAUAUUAUGUAUAAAACUGGCAUAUUCAGUGACAUGACUAUUUAUGUUAAAGACAAACCAUUUAUGAUACAUACUCCGAUAUUGUGUUAUUAUCCUUAUUUUAAGUCAUUAAUAAUUAAAGCCAAGAAUGAAAAUAGUAACAGGAUAGAUAUAUAUGAUGUAAAUCCAGAUCUAUUUGAUCAUAUGUUAUGCUACAUUUAUACAGCGAAUGAGAAUACCUUAGACUCUUAUGCGCGUGAACUUUUGCCAAUAGCUAAUAAAUUUGGUGUAACUAAUUUGGAAGAGAAUUGCAUAAAGAUAUUGCAAACGAAAAUGAAUGUAGAUAAUGUCAUUGAUACUUUGAUUGUGGCAAACGAAAUAAAUUCAGAUCAUUUAGUCGCAGAUGCUAUAAAGUUUAUAGUAAAUUUUGCAAAUGAUAUCAAGCAAACAGAGAACUAUGAAAAUUUAAAACGAUUUUAUCCAGAUUUAAUGAUAGAACUUUUAAAUUUCCUUAUGACUAAAUAAUUAUUUUCUAUUUUAUUAAACGAAGUACACCGUCU